CUGGUUGUUAGCGACGCCGCGGCUAUUGUGUUAUUCUACAAAGCACAUUGAGGGAAAGUCGACCGCAAGCACACCACUCAGUCCUCGGGUAGUUUCGUGUCGCCACUGGCGUUCCUUCGACUUGUGACUCAUCUGCAACGGAGGAACUCAGAGUGUCUUCACUCGGGCCCUCUGCAAGCCCAUUCAAGCGCUCCGAAGCAUUCUCUGUGAAGAAGGAGGCUGGCGCGGCGACUAGGAGCACACGCAGAACACCUAGGCCAGUUGAAGUCCGACUGAGGUUUAUACAUGACGGAGGAAAUGGACUUCCAAUCGCAUAAUCUGGAGGCGCCCUCAGCAGACGGCAAGCUGGCGACCGUAGCAGGAAAGAAGGGCAAGAAGGCUGAGGAGGAGGAGCAGCCUGCAGCGCCCGCUGCUCCUGCAGCAGCAGCAGCAGCAGCAGCAGCACCGGAAGCCGCCGCAGCACCCGCACCAGAGGAAGAGGAAGAGGAGGAGUAUGUGGUGGAGAAGGUUUUGGAUCGCCGAGUGGUGAAGGGCAGAGUAGAGUUUCUGCUGAAAUGGAAGGGCUUCUCAGAUGAGGAUAACACAUGGGAGCCGGAAGACAACCUGGACUGCCCCGACCUCAUCGCCGAGUACAUGCAGAAACACAAAGAGAAGGAGGAGAAAAAGAAGGAGGGCAAGAGAAAAGUGGUCAGUGAGGCCUCGGGAGACUCCGAGGAGCGAGGGAGCAAGAGAAAGAAGGAGGAGGGUGAGAAGGCAUGAGGUUUUGGCAGAGGUCUGCAGCCGGAGAGGAUUAUUGGAGCGACAGAUUCCAGUGGAGAGCUCAUGUUCCUCAUGAAGUGGAAGAACUCAGACGAGGCCGACCUUGUCCCAGCCAAGGAGGCCAACGUUAAGUGUCCCCAGGUGGUCAUCUCUUUCUACGAGGAGCGUCUCACCUGGCACUCCUACCCCACAGAGGAGGAGGAGAAGAAAGAAGAGGAGAAAAAAGACUAGAGGAGGUGGAGGUGCAAAGGCAGAAAAAGAAAGGCAGUGUUGAGGUACAGGGCUGGAAAUCAACAAUUUACUGGCAAAAUCUUAAUUGCUGGUAAUAGAUUCUAGCAGCCACUUUGGCAGCGAACAUGGAGAAAAUCCCAAACUGCCAAUGUAGCUGACAGAUGUUUGUUUUCCUGCCCUGAAAGAAAGCAGGCGACCUUUCCUCAAAAGAUGCUCCCACCUGUAUCUCGACUGACAAUGUAGAUUUAUUUUUAGAGGUAUGUUGACACUUGUCCCUCUUAUUUUAAUGUGUUUUUGCUCACCAAGAUGUCACCUGAUGGGGACCGGUGUAUAUGUUCUGCCACAAAUUGAAUCUUGAACAGUGAGAUGACUAUAAAAGUGUUUGUCCCCUUCAUUUGGUGACAGGUGCCCGGUGUAUGAAAUACAGGCCGCAAGCUGUCAAGCUACCUCUUUAGCACGUGUGUUCACGUGCAAGUUGAAUGUUUGGCUGCAGCUGGCAAGUUUGUCUCUCUUCCCAAUCACCGAUGCUCAUUUAGGCGGCUCGGAGAGCAUAAACUUCCCUUCCUGCUCUGCCAGGAUACAUUGGAGGGAACUUCUUUUGGAAGGGAGGGAAGUGAGCCGAGGUAUUAUGGAGGAGUGAAAGAAUGGACAGAAACCAUUCGUCUCUUGCAGUAUCUGUUCUCUUUGUGCCACCUCGGUUCUCAUUAUUUUCUACGUAAUGCCGUUUUUUUUUGUUGUUUUUUUUUUUUCAAUUCUCAAACGCCAAAUGACAACAGUGCAUUUCACUCUGACGCGGACAGUUUGACAAAGAGGGUUAUAUGGAAAAACUUUGUCCACGUAUGUCCUACCAGCCAAUGUGGCGACCACCAGCCAGUGUUCAAAUGUCCUUGUAAAAAAAAGUUUUUAAGUCAUUCCAGCCAUGGACGCUGCCUUAAGCUGGUACUUUGCUUCAUGCUGAAUUCUUUUAUGAAAAUGAAUGAACAAGUCCAUAUUUUAGUGAUCUAUUAGUUGUGGUUUUUUUGCUCAUUUGGUGGAGCUUCAGAGGCAAAAACUUGUAGCUCUUCUGUGAAUGUAAAACUGUCAAUCUGCCGUAUUACAUGUGACGUUAGCAACUAUUUUGUCCAUAAGAACAUUGCAUUUUCCUUACCUGUUGGAACAAGCACCACCACAUCACCACAGUAUUUGACCUGCAGGAAGCCAAAUAGUCUCCUGCCCAGGCAGCAAAAUGACAACUUCCAGAAGUGAUAUGUGAGUGUAGACUCCAGCCCAUUCCCUGGCAGCUGUGGCUGUUUUGAUUCCAAACUUGUCAUGCCAUUUUAGCAAUUUUAUCAAAUUACUUUUUAAUGGAACAAAGGCUGGUAGGAUACCUGCCAGAAUGGCUGGUAGAGCAAACGCACAGUUGCAAAAAUCAGCAUAUGGCAGGUUGUAAUUUCCCACAUUGGUAGAGUUAAGGCCACGCUGGAUGACUUCAGGUGGAGAGUUGUGUGUUUUAAGAAGCUGCCCUUUAGCCUGUAGAUUAGAGGAGCAAAGAUGAUUUCGACAGAAAUGCAUCAGACAACUAGAACAGACACUGUGUUAGGCUAAAAAUCUGCAGGUUUCCACUUCCAAAGUGUGUUCAGCAGUGAGCUUAGUUAUGAUACAAUGGUACAACAUAGUUUUUCAAUAUGUUAUUAAUACACAGACACCUUUUUUUUCGUUUUUUUGUUGUUGUUUUUUUACAUUACAUACAUUAUUAAUAUUGCACAUACAAAUUAGAACUUUGGUAACCUACUAGAAUAACAAAAAAAGCCUUUUUAGAACACGAUUUAACUGCAAUAAAAAAUAGAUAAACAGACUAAAAAAUGUUAUCAUAUUAGAUAAAACAGAUGUUGACAAAAUUUUCAUUUGGGAACAUAAUAUGCAUUUGAAUUUAAUUUCACAAUAUACAUUAGCAAGAUACUCUGCUAAUCCAAAAAUGUAAAAAAAAAAUUACUUUUGCAAUAUAUUGAAGGAAAUGUUAUUGUGAUAAUCACCAAACUGCAAAACAUUAAAAAUCACAACAUAUAUAUCCUGAUACUCAGCAUAUCACAAAAAUGUUGAAAAUUGCUAUAAUGUUGUAUCGUGACUUUAGUAUCAUGAUAAUAUCGUGGUUCCCACCCCUACUGUCCUGCUAAAAGUUCUUUUUUUUGUAUGUGCUGUUUCAGAAAUCAAACAGGGUGUUUUUUGUUUUUUUUUUUGUUGUUGUUUUUUUAAAUCCACAUGGUGGAACUUUUGUUAAUGAUGCCAAACUGCAAGGUAAACAAGUGUGGGCUGAAAGCUGGAGUCAGUGAUUCUGGAGAAAGGCGGUUGAUAUUUGAACUCAACACCCAAACAAAUAUAUCCCUCGCAUUCACGCCACCCUUCAGUCAAAGCCUCUGGCAAUGUCUCGGAUGUUAUUUACCUUCCAUUAAUAUCGUGGUGCUGCUUUGUUUUUCAUGGGCGAAGAUGUGGAAGAGAUAAAACAGCUGGAAAUGAAGCUCAAUCUGAGCCAUUUUUUCUUUUCAGUUACAGAGUUAACAUACAACAGACAGCUAGCAUACUACAAGGAGCUAUUGGCUGAAUUUGCUUUAAAAAAUUGUAUUGGAAUAGAAUCUCUGACUGCGCCUUCGAUAAAUUGUUGAAAGCUUUUCUGAUUCGUGAUCGUCAAACACAUUUCCUUAGAAAAUAAAGGCAGCUCCUCUUACUCGUUGUUACUCCUUGUGUAAAUGUGCCCCAGUUAACAGGCAGGAACUCUCAGUGUGGGAAUCAGUUAACCAUAUGUCGGUGAAUUGUCAGCUGUGCAUUCAUCUACUCUGCCGGCCAUGUUGGCUCAAAACUGACCGACGAGCAUGUUUGGCUGAUGGUGAAAGUUCUGGUGCUUUGGCUGGUAGGUGGAGUUUUCUGGAUGAGACCGCAGCUCUGUCACAUAGUCGAUAACACGCUCCAUAACAAACACACCUGGGUUUCAUUGCUAAAAGAGGAGAUGAUUGAGAAUACGCUCAAUAUCGUCGUCAUUUCCGCUCUCUUGUUUUUAACCUUCACACACGCACUCAGCUACACGUGUGUUAUCUAGGCUUUUUUAUUUUUUAUUUUAGCGUGCGCUGGCCGGGCAACACUCAAGACGUUAAGACUUUUUCUUGGUUCCUCUUGCUUGCAGACCGUCCUCUGUUACCCACGUUUUGAUUGUUGCAUAAUAAAAACAGGAUAGAACUUACAAAAUUCAGCAUGAUUAACAUAACCGCUUAAUAUGGGACUUCUUUCUCUGCUACCUAAUGUUUCCCAGUGUUUUCUGUGUUGAAUGUAGCCCGGCUGUGCUUCUUUCUAUGUAUAACUGUAUCAAAGCUAGCAUAGUAGCUUCCUCUGUUGGUGGACCCGGGGUAGCUAUUUCAAAUCUCCUGUCCCUGAAGUGUUUGCUUUGGGUGGCCUUUUUACUGCUGGAAAUUUAUCAAAAAAAAUGACCUUUAAGAGAAAGAAGAGUUGGUUCAGCUGUAAAUAGUUUCUGGCAUUUGAAAAUAGCUGUGCUAAUACUGUUACUACUGUAUGUUAGUAUCUGGAUGCUGGGUCUAAGCCCACCCUUUCUAGCUGUUGCUUACACAUUCUAAAUAUGUUAUUCAGUAAAGUUCCUGAAGAUUGUUUUAAGGACUUCUGGCCUAUGGGACAUUCUUAUUUCACCAGUGUACAUCAGUGUUUCGAGUACAGUGUUUGCCUUCUGUUAUACUUCAUCAUUCAGUGGAAGGGAUUGAAUCGGCUGCACCUGGGUCUGCUAGUUAGCUUUUCUAUAUUGUCCCUGAAACGUUUCUCUGUAUUUAGCAGAUUAGCUUGUGUUGUCCUGUUGCAUGUUUAUUGGUUUCCCUUGCAAUGUCACUGUCAUGGCAAAUCUACUUUUAAUGUUUGUUUUGGACAAUAAAGGGUUUUCGUUUUCGUAA